AUGGCGUUUGCUGGGACAAAUGUCAGUUUGUCCCAGCCGGAUAUAACGCAAAAACUGACGGAGCGCAUAGAUGAUCUGAAGCAGAGAAUCGCUGCUUGGGGAAAGUGGAUUCGGCGAUAUACCGAGAGGUCGACACGGUUCAACCAGAAUCGUCUCUUCCAGAGUGAUCAGAAGAGGCUCUAUGAAUCAUUGGAGCGACCAAUGGUAAGUGGAACGGGUCCAGCACCGAAUCAGACCGACACUGUACCAUUCUGGCGCAGCCUGUGGUCAGAGCCCGUAAACCACAGCGAGGGCCCUUGGACGGAAGUUGUGGCGAGUCAGUGUGCGGGUAUUACGCCGAUGGACCCCGUCAUCAUAACGCCGGAUGACGUAGCUGAGGCGGUCCGUAGGGCCCCGAACUGGAAAAGUCCGGGGCUCGACGGGCUGCAUCACUACUGGCUGAAGGGGUGCAUGGUGUGUCACUCUGUGCUCGCCCGACAGUUUCAAGAGGCUCUCAACCAGAAGUCGCUCCCAAGUCUCUUCACUACUUUGAUCACUCAUUUGGUUCCUAAAGAGCUGGAGCCAUCUCUAUCCGUCACUGAGCAAAACCUGGCAGACCGAGUUCGGUACAUCCUGCGCUCCAACAUAUUUGGUGACGCCGAACUCGAACGACUGCGACGUGAGGCUGUUCCCUCAUCGGAUGGAAAUGCUACGGCUGGGAAUACGGCGCCACUAAUUGCGCAGCAAACUGCAAAUGUGGACGCUGCCGUCAAUAUUCCAUUUGUGGUGGAUUCAGACGAUGAUGGAAUAGUCCCCCACGAACUAGAGAAAAUGAGGAGCAUAUUGGAAGAGUCGAUGCUGGAAACGCGCAGCAUGCCUCUCGAAAAUCGACCGCGACUCCCCCGCACACCCCUUAGCAAGUGA